ACGUGACCACAGCCAAACGCGGAAGGACGCCACCGAUAACACAUUUGGGUCAUAAGUGGCCAAUUUUAGUCUGUUAAAUUAGCAGAAAAACCUGUAAUUCUCAACACUUCAUAAUUGAAUAGGUUCGGAUUGAAUUGCUUCAUUUAUAAUCUCCAAAUCUCAAUAAUAUGGCCACAUUUUGAGAAGCCACACUCGUCCUCUAACCGGUGUUUUGUUGUUUACCUCAUGAAAAGGCGAAUAUCUGCACAAAAUCUGUCCCACGCACCCUGAUGCAUUGUGGGUGGUGUUCCUGAUGCAUUGUGGGUCGCUGAGAUGUCCUCCUCUCAGAACCAGUCUUGUGUUUGGGAGUCUGAGGACACACUCUCUCUGUUGUUAUGCUUGUUCCAAACGUUCGAGGCCUGGGCUGGUCUUGGGCAGAUGGAGGAUUAUCUCUCCGUCCUGGAGUACAUUCUCUGGGUCUUCACUCCUCUGGCCGUGGUCUUCAUCCUGCCCUUCCUCAUCGUCAUCCUCCUCUACCUCUCCAUCCUCUUUCUCCACGUCUACAAGAGGAAGAAUCAGCUGAGAGAAGCAUACUGCAACAACUUAUGGGACGGAGCCCGGAAAACACUGGCCACUCUCUGGGACGGACAUGGGGCCAUCUGGCAUGGCUAUGAGAUCCACGGCAUGGAGAAGGUCCCAGACCACGGCCCUGCUCUCAUCGUUUACUAUCACGGGGCCAUUCCUAUUGAUUAUUAUUAUUUUUUGGCAAAUGUGAUUCUGCAAAAGGGCCGCACCUGUCACUCUGUGGCUGACCACUUCCUCUUCAAGAUCCCAGGAUUUAAGCUGCUGCUGGAGGUGUUCAGUGUGAUCCAUGGGCCCCAGGAGGAGUGUGUCAGAGCCCUGAGGAGCGGGCACCUUCUGGGCAUCUCUCCUGGAGGGGUACGGGAGGCACUCUUCAGUGACGAGACCUACCCCCUGCACUGGGGCAAGAGGAGGGGGUUUGCCCAGGUCGCUAUAGAUGCACAAGUGCCAAUAAUUCCGAUGUUUACACAAAAUGUUCGAGAAGGAUUCAGGUCUCUGGGAACACUGCGUUUUUUUCGUUGGCUGUACGAGAGAUUCCGGCUGCCUGCUGCUCCAAUUUACGGUGGAUUUCCUGUAAAAUUCCGAACUUUCCUUGGAGAUCCAAUCCCAUAUGACCCCAACAUCAACUCUGCACAACUGGCAGAAAAAGUCCAGAAGGCAGUACAAGCUUUGAUAGAUGAACACCAGCAGAUCCCUGGAAGCAUUCUCCGAGCUCUGUUUGAGAGAGUCUACACAAGACACAAACUGAAGGAUCCGCCCAAGAAAAAAAGAACUCAAGUAGGACUAAACCAGGAUGGAAACAGGACAGAACCAAGUCUAAAGCAGGACUAAAGCAGGACUAAAGCAGGACUAAAGCAGGACUAAAGCAGGACUAAAGCAGGACUAAAGCAGAACUAAAGCAGAACUAAAGCAGAACUAAAGCAGAACUAAAGCAGGACUAACGAUCUCUCUAUGGACCAAUGCACUGUCAGUGUUUGUCUACUGCCACAGUACUGAAACCUGUUUUCACCUCCACCGGUACACACCCACUCUGACGUAUGCACUUUAUUCGUGAUAUUGGUAAGAUUGGGCAACAUCACGUAGUGAUGUGCAGCUGUCCAUAAGAGGAGCCGACAGCAUGCGGUGCUUUGUUGUGAUAACGUUUACGUUUACUGCGACAUCAGAUCCCAUUGGGCACCACAGUUUUCUAAUGUGGAAGUCAUCAGACUUGUUUCUUUUAUUAAAUUGCUUUAAAUGAAUAUGACGAUAUGUACAAAUUACAACAUAAUGAUAGUUGAUGUCAUAGAUUUUAACUAGACCACACACCACCACAAUAUGUCUUCUUUAAUAAAUAAACUACUGAAAAAUCUUAAGAAAAGUGCAGAUGAACACAUGCAUCUAGAAGUGAUGGUGUGAUACCUGGACCUCAACCGACACAUGUUUUAUCACAGUUCUGACAGUUUUCCAAAAUAUAACCUGAUUAUUGUUUUUAGAAUAAUACAAAACAUAUUAAACUUGCUGUACCUGAUUUUUACUGUUUCUUUAAAACGUGAGAAUCAGAACUAGUUUGCAGUGGUCCAAAGUUAUCCCUCACUUACCUUAUGCAUUCAGAGCAUUCUAAAUAUUCACCACAAUGAGUUUAUAAGCACUUUCCACAAGUCUCAAAGACCAGAGCGGAGUUUUGUCAUCACGGUUAAGGUCAACAACUUGCAAAGAUGCACUUCUUCACUAUCAGAGAAGACAAAGCUUUAUAAUUGGAUGUAGACAGCACACAGAGGAUGUUAUUUUGACCUCAAGAGCUGCGUAAACAACAGACACAUUGUGGAUACUGAUAUUGUACAGAUGUAUUCUCAUCCAUUGAAAUGUUAAGAUUUGGUGUUGCUCUAAAAGAGUAAAUACAUGUUAAAAAGAUCAAAUUAUGAAGUAUAUUUGAUGUUCGAUAUAUAUAUAUUUCUUUCAAAGAAUCCUGUAUUUAAUAAGUAUUUUUGGAGUAUAAAGUUUAAAGAGCUAUUUUUGGCCAUGGCCAUUUGUGUACAGUACUGUGCAAUGAUUGUUGUUGUUAUAAGGUUGUAAAACAUAGCUGGAGUUGUGUUUUGACCUGAAAAUGUUAUGUUCCACUGCGUGAUGUCAUUAGGGGGUACUAGGGUUGUAAAAAGUAUAAAGAAAGAGUAUUUUUAUCAUCAUCGUGGUAUCGGAAUCAAGUGUCCAGUCUUUUCCUUAGUAUUGAAAUCGGGUUUGAAGUUUUAGUAUCAUGACAACACUACAUGAAGUGCUCCUCCAUGUUUUUAAAGUCUGUGCAUUUUUCACUGGGCAUAUUCUGAUCACUUUAACAGUUUAUUUGCCUUAAUUCCAAAGCACAAUUGUUCAUUUUUAUAGAUCUGAAGAGGGAAGGGUGCGCCACCUUGUCUCCAUGGAGAUGUUAUUGCUUUGCCUGAAAUGCUCCACAGUAUGUCAUUAAACCUCUGUGCCCAUGGAGACAAGUAAGCAAUGCCACCGGGCAAAGUAUUUUCUGUUUAUUACUGUAAUAGAAACAAAUGUAACUGAAUAAAUGCAUGAUAAAAAGUUUAAUGCCAUAGAACAUCUGAUACACAACAUGGGUAGUAUAAAAGACAUUUAUGACUAUUAUUGUUUAUUUAAAUUUAAGUUGCCUUAAUUAUGUUUGAACAAAGACUUAAGACUUAAUGAACUAAUCAUUUACUGAAGGUGCUGUACUUUAUUUUUACUGUCUUAAAACAUGAAAAACAGAACUACUUUAUUUUGAAUUAUUCCUCACUUAUGCAUUCUGAGCAUUGUAAUUAUUCACAAUGAUGAGUUUAUAAGCUUUGUUCACAACUCUCAGAAACCAGAGUGGCAUUUUCUAGCAUUCUAAGAUGCAGUUCCUGAUUCUCAGACAAUAAAACACUUUAUAAUUAGUAGCAGAUGGUACACAGCAGACUUAUUUUGACCUCAAGAGCUGCUUGUACCAUAUAUCUGUACUGAGGCAGGACAUUUUGCUCAAAUACAUGGGAAAAAUCAGGUACAGGCCUUUAAGUCUCAUUAAAAUAGUUAUUAUAAAAUGUAUCUUUAUUGUUCAUGAAAUGUCAUUUAAAAAAAUAAGUGUACCUCAACCUCAGCUCACUGACGCUUGUGCACACAGUUUCAUGAUGUUAUCUUAAAGGCCCAUGUUACACUGUUUUCUGAUAUGUUGUUUAUAUUGUUAUGUUUCCUUGUCACAGUUUUGUUUCAUUCACAAAUGUUUAACUGGCUUAAAGCUCACAAGAGUCAUUUUUUGUGUAAUACAAGACCUUUUAAGUCUGUAAACGAUUUGGAGUUUUCUGUUAAGACCAACUCAGAUUUUUAAAUGUAAGUGAAAAUAAGUGAUUCAGUUUGGAUUUUGCUUAUGUUGUUUAAAAGUGUGUCAAUAAAAUGUCACCAGCAGCAUUUAAAUAAAGUUAUGCUUUUGUUUCAUUUU